AUGUAUUACUCCAAGGUCGCGGCAACAAUAUUUACCAUCGCUAUCAGCGUGAUACCCGUGUGCCACGCCCAAGCCCCAACCGGAACCCCUUACACCGACCCAGAAACAAACACCACGUUCUCAACAUGGGGAAUCCCCGGGCCCCUUGGGCUAACGUUUGGGCUUGCUCUCCCCGAGUCUGCACGUGAAGUUGACGCGACGGAUUUUACUGGAUACCUCAAAUGCAGCACAGCAAGCGGAUGGUGCGGAAUCUCCCUUGGCGGCGCAAUGACCGACUCGCUCCUCCUCGUCGCUUACGCUGAUCCCAACUCGAAGCCCGAGACCGAAAAUACAGUCGCGAUUUCCCCGCGGUACACGACAACUUACACCCUUCCAGCCGCCUACACGGGGAAUCUCACCAUAACGCCGCUCUCUACCCACGUCGAUAAAUCGACAAAUUCAUUUGAGACGGUCUUUAGUUGCACCUCGUGCCUGCACUGGUCGCAGAACGGGACUGAAGGCGGCGCGAAGACGAGCUCUGGGAUGCUCGACCUGGCGUGGGCGAUUUCGCCUGAGAAACCUGUUCUCGAUGCCACGGGGGAUCUCCAACUCGUCCGGCAUGAACGGGAAGGGACUUGGGUUGCACAGGUCUAA